GUGUGGGUGAUCUGCCCUCAAAUCACACAACAGCGGUCAGAGGCAGAGCUGGGAGAAAGAAUUGGCCCUGCUAACUGGGCUACUUAAAGCAUAGUGAAGGCUGUCUGCAGGGGAAUGAGGAACUCAACUCUUCCAAAAGCAGGAAUCACAGUAAACCCCGCUGAGGGCUCUUCGGGCACCUGAAGGGGCCCUGGGAGGAUGGCGAUGUUGCUAUGGAUGCAUCUGCCUCCGUAAGUAUCCUCUUGCAGCUGGUCCAGCGAUGCUCUCUUCUCUCCUUCCAGGCUAUCCUUCCUUCUCAGACAAGAUGUCUUAUCAGAAAAAGCAGCCCACCCCUCAGCCCCCAGUGGACUGCGUGAAGACCUCUGGCGGCGGUGGCGGUGGCGGCGGCAGCGGCGGUGGUGGCUGCGGCUUCUUCAGCGGCGGCGGCUCAGGGGGCGGCAGCAGCGGUUCUGGCUGCGGCUACUCCGGCGGCGGUGGCUACUCUGGCGGCGGCUGCGGCGGGGGCUCCUCCGGGGGCGGGGGCGGCAUUGGAGGCUGCGGAGGGGGCUCCGGUGGGAGCGUCAAGUACUCCGGGAGCGGUGGCUCCUCCGGGGGCGGCUCUGGCUGUUUCUCCAGCGGUGGGGGCGGCUCCGGCUGCUUCUCCUCCGGUGGCGGCGGCUCCGGCUGCGUCGGCGGCUCCUCUGGGGGCGGCUCUGGCUGCUUUUCCAGCGGUGGGGGCGGCUCCUCCGUUGGCGGCGGCUCCUCGGGCCAGGCGGUCCAGUGCCAGAGCUACGGGGGUGUCUCUAGCGGCGGCUCCUCCGGGGGCGGCUCCGGCUGCUUCUCCAGCGGCGGGGGCGGCGGCUCUGUCUGCGGCUAUUCCGGCGGCGGCUCUGGCGGCGGCUACUCCGGCGGCGGCUCUGGCUGCGGCGGAGGCUCCUCUGGCGGCGGCGGCUCCGGCUACGUCUCCUCGCAGCAGGUCACUCAGACCUCGUGCGCGCCCCAGCCGAGUUACGGAGGGGGGUCGUCUGGCGGUGGAGGCGGCGGCAGCGGCUGCUUCUCCAGCGGCGGGGGCGGCGGGAGCUCCGGCUGCGGCGGCGGCGGCUCCUCCGGGAUUGGCAGCGGCUGCAUCGUCAGUGGCGGGGGCUCCGUCUGCGGAGGUGGUUCCUCUGGGGUCGGCGGCGGCUCCUCCGUGGGUGGCUCCGGGAGUGGCAAGGGCGUCCCGGUCUGCCACCAGACCCAGCAGAAGCAGGCGCCUACCUGGCCGUCCAAAUAGGUCCCCCAGGGUACGACGGAGGCGAAGGAGUUGGAGGUGUUCUCCAGAGGCACCGAUGGGCUUAGAGCUCUCAUGACGCUACCCGAGGUUUGCAAAUCCUUCAUGUCUUAACCUACCUGGAAGAAGCCAUUGAGCUCUCCGGCUGCAUCUAGUUCUGCUGUUAAGCCUCUUUGGUUUCUGUACAACUACCUCCCAACCCCAGUGCCUCAGUGAAUAAAUUUGCAAAUUCAUGAGAA